AUGGUCCGUACAGGAGUGUCGAAAAGUACGAGAGAGAAAGAAAAAUGGCGUCAUCCCCAACUGCACCCGUUCUUCCUUUUUUAUCUGUCUUUCGCACAAUCCCUCACACAAAGUUCAUUGUCGUAUUUCUGUCUUUUUCCUACGCUGCCACGGCAAUUACACCCGUUCGCUCCCAUUUAUCUCACUUUCCUACAAUCCCCCACCAAUUACUCUGGGUUCAUCAUCAUCUUUCCGUCAUUUUUCAUCGCUUCCACAGCAAUUACAUCCGUCCUUCCACGUUUAUCUCUCUUUCUGAAGAUCCCUCACCAAUUAUUCAUUGGUUCAUCGUUAUUUUUCUCUCAUUUUUCCUUAGCUCCAACUGCAAUUACACCCGUUUUCCUCGUUUUUCUACAAACCCUCACCAAUAGCUAUUGCUUCAUCGCCAUUUUUCUGUCAUUUUCCUUAGUUCCCAACGCAAUUACACCCGAUCUCCCUCCUUUAUUUGUUUCCUACACUCCCGCACCAAUUACUCUUGCUCCCACCGCAAUUACACCCGUUCUUCAUCAUUUUGUACAUUUUCCUGUAAUCCCUCAACACUCACUCUUGGAUCAUACUCAUUUUCCGUCAUUUUCCUUCGCUUCCACCGCAAUUGUACCUGUUCUUCAUCGAUUAACUCGUUUUUCUACAAUCCUUCACCAAUUACACUUGUUUCGUCCUCAUUUUUCUGUCAUAUUCUUUACAUCCACCGCAACUACACCCAUCCUUCCUCGUUCAAUUUGUUUUCUUAAAAUCCUUCACCAAUUACCCUUCGUUCAACCUCAUUUUUCUGUCAUUUUCCUUACGUCCCACCGCAAUCACACCCGGUCUUCCCCGUUGAGUUCGUUUUUCUACAAUGCAUCACAAAUCACUCUUGGUUAA